AUGUCAUCGGUGAAGACGGGCGUUUGCACCCCAACCCACGUGAAUACCGAGGUCUGGACCUCCAGCUCCAUGUCAACGUUGAAGAUCUACUCGAACGAGAGCUACCUUGUCGGUGGAGUCGGGUACUACGGGCUUUCGGGGAUCUACACAACGCACAAACUUGUCGAGGAUGGCGCGGCAGCGAAUCCGCAGUACUACCCAGGCUUCUGGAUGCACUACAGGUCGAGUGACGCUCUCAUCAACGCGCUGAGCGUGACGGCAAAUAAUUGCUCUAAGUCAGAGGCAUGUGAACAACGCGAAAGUGCAGGGGGGACUUGCUUGGUGCUGGCCAUGAUGACAACCGGUUUCGACAAAGGUUACUUCCAAGCGGUUCUCUCCAACCUCGAGAUCCCUGCGUACUUCUGCUUUAUCGGCUAUGGAGGCGUGACCAAGUACGCGUCCGACGCAGCCGCAAGCGGGGAUCCGAUUUUGUUCUACCAUUACGAACCCGAUUUGUUCCACGUGACGCACAAAGGCAAAUUCGACCGAGUGUUUCUGCCGCGUACAGACCCCGAACGAGUCAAAUUAUCCACGGGGGACUACGGUGAACACGGCUACGGUGGCAAGACCGACAACCCGGUCGACGUCGACUAUCCCAGCUUGCCGCUCUCCAAGUUUGCCGCCUUGGUCAUCAAAGACCAGCCUAUUGGGUCAAUAUUCUUCAAAUUUCUGCUCUCUGACUCGGACAUCAACGACCUGCUCGGCAAGUACAGCAACGCUUUGAGUGCGAAGGAAGCCGAGCCGUACUUCAGUGGAGCAUGCGACUGGGUGAAAGCGAACUACGACAUCUGGAGCGACUGGAUGGACCGACUUCCUCUGUGUACAUUUGAAGACCACAUCGUUGAUCACGUCACCGGCUGCGAGAACGACAGCACCAUCCGCGAAAUUCAGUUCGCUUGGAGGUCGCCAAACCCUGGGAAUGCAGCGUUGCCCAACAAUUGCGACGGAGGCGUGGACGUCCUACCGGAGACCAUCGAGACGAGUCGAUCGUGCGACUGGAUCUUCGAGAACCGGCGGAUCUGGUCGGGCUGGGUCGACACGAAGCCCUCGUGCGACUCCACCUUCUACGACUACAACGUGUCCGACUGCGACUCCGACGCGCACCGCACGGUGACCUACUUCUGGAAGCUCCCGUACGCCUCGAACGCGCAGUACUCGGCUGAAUGUUCAGGCGGAGACACCUUGCCGGACGCCGUAGUGAUCGACUGCGAGUACAUGCCCACGUCGUCCCCGACUUUCGCGGCGCUGACGGUCCUCGCGCUGAUUGUGUUCGUCUUGCUCUUCGUGGCCAUCAUCGUCGUCUUCAAGCAGCGCAACGCGCCGAUCAUCCGCCGCUCGCAGUUCGAAAUGCUGCUCCUGAUGAUCUUCGGCGGCUUCUUCACGACGGGCGCAGCCAUCGCGUAUGCUGGUCGGCCCUCGCGGUUCCUCUGCGGAGUUCGCCCAGUCCUCAUCUGCAUGGGCUUCACCACCAUCUUCGGCUCUUUGGUCAUCAAGUCUCUGCGCGUCUACCGCGUGUUCAUGCGCUCGGCCAUGAAGCGCGUCAAGGUGACGCUGUUCCGCAUCCUCAAGAUCCUCUCCAUCUUCUACGUCGGCGACAUCGUCAUCUUCGUCGCGUGGUUCGGAGCCGACUUCCCGGAGCCCACCGCCACGACGGAAGAGGCCACCGAGUUCCGGGGCACCGUCGACCGCAUCUCGUGCAGCUCGUCCAGCUUCAUCUUCACGGCGCUGCUCAUCUUCUGGAAGGCCAUCUUGCUCGUGCUGGGGCUCUACCUGUCAUUCCUCAUCCGCAACGUGUCAGUGGACUUCCAGGAGUCUCCGUGGAUCUUCGGCUCGGUCGUGGUGGUGCUAGUGGGCUGCCUCGUGAUCAUGCCCAUGACGUACCUCGUCACCAUGCGCGCGUCGACGUUCUACGUGUUCCUCGCGCUGGCGCUGAUCAUCUGCACGAUCCUGAUCAUGGGCCUGAUGCUCGUGCCCAAGCUCUUCCGACUCAAGGAGGUCACCAAUUCUUCUACUACUGGUACUAACACCGGGAACAGUAUGAAGAGCAGGAACAGCAUGGUCCCGAUGUCGAAGAUCAACAAUACAAACCUCACGAACCUGACGAAUGCCAGCGAGAAUGAGACCAACAUGACUCAAGAUGCAUCGCGCAAGGCGUCGCAGAAGUACCAGUACCAAGUG